AUGAGUAAGAGUUGUCUUCUGAGAGGAGCUGCUGAUGAUUCUGUGAUUCAUGUGGAUCCUGCCUGUGUGGCUGAAAACAUGGAUUCUUGGAAAAAUGACCAGUGGCAACUGGCGAAGCUUCUAGAACGAAAAGAAGUUUGCUAUGAAAGGGUGGGGUGCUUUAAAGACGGUUUACCAUGGACCGGGACUUUGUCGAGACAGUUGGCAGGUUUGCCCUGGUCUCCAGAGGAGAUAAACACUCGCUUUCUGCUCUACACUAGACAUAAUCCCAAAGUCUAUCAGGAAAUCAGUGCAGUUAAUUAUCUAACUAUCCAAACCUCACACUUUGGAACAGACAAGAUGACCCGUAUCAACAUACCUGGAUGGAAAUCAGAUGGAAAAUGGCAGCAAGACAUGUGCAAUGUGUUGCUAAAAGUGGAAGACGUGAACUGCAUUAACAUAGACUGGAUUAACGGUUCGCUGGAAUACAUCCAUGCCGUAAACAAUCUCCGCGUUGUUGGUGCUGAGGUGGCGUAUUUUAUUGAUGUUCUCGCGAAAAAAUUUGGAUAUUCUCCUUCUAAAGUUCACUUGAUUGGCCACAGCGUGGGAGCACAUCUGGCCGGGGAAGCUGGGUCGAGGGUACCAGGCCUUGGAAGAAUAACAGGGUUGGACCCAGCCGGGCCAUAUUUCCACAAUACUCCAAAUGAAGUUAGGCUGGACCCCUCAGAUGCCAAAUUUGUUGAUGUCAUUCAUACAAAUGCAGUUCGCUUGCUCUUUGAGUUUGGUGCUGGGACUAUUAAUGCUUGUGGUCACCUUGACUUUUACCCAAAUGGAGGGAAGCAUAUGCCAGGAUGUGAAGACUUAAUAACACCUUUAUUUAACUUUGAUCUCAACGCUUACAAGGAAGAAGUGGUUUCCUUCUUUGAUUGCAACCAUGCCCGAAGUCAUCGCUUCUAUACUGAAAGCAUUCUCAAUCCUGAUGCAUUUAUUUCUUAUCCUUGUAGAUCCUACAGAUCUUUCAAAGCGGGAAAUUGCUUCCAUUGUCCCAAAGAAGGUUGCCCAACAAUGGGUCAUUUUGCUGAUAGAUUUCACCUCAAAAAUACGCAGCCUAAUAGAUCAUAUUAUUUUUUAAACACAGGGUCUCUUUCCCCAUUUGCCCGUUGGAGGCACAAAUUAUCUGUCAAACUCGAUGGAAACAAUGCCACUCAAGGGACCCUGAUCCUCCGUGUAGGUGGAACGACCGGGAACACGGAAGAGUUUGUGAUGGCCAGUGGAACACUUAAGCCAGGCAUGACUUACACAAAGUUAAUUGAUGCAGACGUUAAUGUUGGAAAUGUUACAAAUAUUGAGUUCAUUUGGAAGGAAUAUUUGUUUGGGCGUUCUCAGAAUAAGUUGGGAGCAGAAAUGGUGACAGAUAUAUCUGGAAAACAUGGAUAUGAAUCUACCUUCUGUAGCCAGGACAUUAUGGGACCCAGUAUUGCCCAGAUCCUGAAACCAUGCUAA